UCCAGCUCUCCAGCGAUAAAAGUGCAACUGUUGUUAUGGACGUAUUAUCUGAAGCGAAGUCUAAACCGCUUUCCACGCUGUCAGUAUUCAGCUUUAUACCGCCCAGAAGGACAGAGCCCAAAGAAAUGCGAUAUUUCAACUGCAGCCCCAAGGCUCCAGAGAGGUCUCUGUAUGACUGCUUACAUCAGAGCACUGAGGACUAUGAUAACAAACUCCACCGUGAUGACAGAAAACACGCCAAAUCCCGGGGCCUGGACAUCUUCAGUGAGGAAUCAUCUAGACCAGCACCUGUUCUGUCCUCUUCUGUGUAUGGCCGGUUUUCACCGCUGCAGUACGACUCGGGGAGGAGCUUUGCUCAUGUUGCUCACAUUCGUUCUGAUUUCUACUGUAAGAAUGGGAUCACCUGGACCGUGGAGGAAGGCUAUGGAUCUGUGACACCCGUCUAAAUGUGUCUCUUACAUCUGGUCACAUCUGUCACUGAACAUUACAGUCAAUGUCAAAACAAAUGUCUGAUGCUACAAGCAGAGCAGAUUGUUACUAACAUCUACACAAUAUAAUAUGAAUUAAUCACAUGAAUGUUUUUAUG